AUGGCAAAAGUACAUGGACGUACUGACAUCCAGACAGUUAAUUCUGAUGUGACGGAAUCACCUUUCAGGCUCCCAGGACCCAGCAAGCAAGAACUGGGAAGGAGUCAACAUCCAACACCAGCUGAGCCAGCAGAGUCGUUGAUAAUCAAUUAUCGUGGCUGCGUGGUCUACUGCAAACAGGCGCUCGUCUCUGCGGGACCAAGCGGGGAAAAGCUGGAGGUGGGCGCACGCCCGCGGAGGAGCAGGUCAGCACCCUGCCAGCGCGGCUCACGAAGCCAAGCCGAGUCUGGGGAUCGCAGCCCGCCGGAGGAGGAGGACGGAGCGGGCAAGUGUGGGAAGCUGCUGCCGGGGGAGGAGGAGGCGGCGGCGCCGAAGCCGCGGAAGAAGCGCUCCCGCGCAGCCUUUUCCCACGCCCAGGUCUUCGAGCUGGAGCGGCGCUUCAACCACCAGCGGUACCUGUCGGGGCCCGAGCGGGCCGACCUGGCCGCCUCGCUGAAGCUCACCGAGACGCAGGUGAAGAUCUGGUUCCAGAACCGGCGCUACAAGACCAAGCGGCGGCAAAUGGCCGCCGACCUCCUGGCUGGCGCCCCCCCCCCCCAGAAGGGGGCCCGCAAAGGGACUUCUCGGCCACCCCCGCCCCGACCCUCACCCCGUCCCCACCCCGCCAGCCGAGGACUCUCGCGAUUCGGCACGACUAGUUCAUGCUCUGCCGCUUGUGUCGUUUCUGAGAGUGGACACGGAUUUCCCCAGCGACUUUUUCCCCGCAGCAGACUUCAGGCUGUGGUUCAGACCACGUCCCUCCUUUUCCCACUCGCACGGAGGCUGGCAGUGGCUCUGGUGGGACCUGGCAGCUCCGGCGGUGGGGAUCAUGGGGCCUGGAGAAGAUCUCGCCCCCCGGUCCCCGGGGCCGCUCUGCCCGUGUGUGCCGUGCAGCGCCGGUGCCGGUUCCCUCCGUGGAAAGUGGAGGGGGCGAAGGGGCUCGGGCCGGGCGCCUUAAGGAGUUAUUUGAUAACGCGUGUCCAGGAUGGAGCCACCCCCCCUUCUGCCGGAGAGCCGGGAUCGCUGCUUGAGUUGUCAGCCGCCGGGGUUACGGUGAGGCUGCGGUGCGGUCGGAGGAGCCUCGGGGAUCCCACAUCGCUUUUCCCGGCCCAGGGCGGCCUCGCUGUGCGGCUGGACCCGGCGGCCCGGCAGUCGCCCGCUUCCACGGGCCUUGUCAGUUUAAACCUUUGGCAGCUCCCAGGGAAAAGCCCGACUCUGCCUUUCGGCUCUGGCGGCUUGAGGGCCCUGCUCGGCACCGGUGAUCCGCUCCCCGCUAAAGCCGCCCGACGACGAGACCCCCCCGUUUUUCUCCCGGGUAGGGGUAAAACACUUUGCCCGUGGAUCUGCGCUGCGUUGCGCUUAAACCGGCCGGGGAAACUCUUUGUGUGGCAAAGGACUCGAGUGAUAAUUAGGGAUGAAAUGCGCGUGGAGAGGACUAAUAUUAUUUUUGGCUUGUGCGGGAAUAAUACAGAUUUGCAAACUGUACGAAUAAAGCCGGGGUAG